CCAUCUUCUGCUUACCAUGGGCAGGGAGAGUCCACCACCGACAACCCCUCUUGCCCGCGACUAUGCCCCGGUGGCUACCACAUCCAGCUCGCCUACAAAUGAACACGAGAAAAAGCCCUCGACGUCGACGCGGGCGUCCACCGACUCGGAUACCACUGCUACCCAUACUUCCGACGAGUUCAAUUGGUCUGACGAUGACUCGUCUGGCCCCAAGAACAGCGAUGGCGUUAAGGCCAAGCGUGGACGUGUUAUCUAUCUUGCCUUCAUCAAGCUAUCUCGCUGGGUCCGAGUACUCGUUAUCGGGAUAUUAGGGUGUGCUAUCCUUAUCACACCCCUGCUUGUCGUCCAGCUGCGCUUCAAGGCCAUCCCCAGCAGCGUGCGUAUGCAGGUCCACGUCUGGAGUCUGUGGUUCACCGUGAUAUGGGCAGCCGCAUGUGGGACCUAUCUGGUUGUCGAUGCCAUUCCUCGGCUCAUCGUAGGCCUGAUAGUUCUCUUUGGAGGACAGCUGGAGCGGUCGAAAAUGCAGAUAGAGCUUGCACUCGCCGUUCAGGGCUGGGUCAAACUAGCACUCGAUAUUUCCUGGGCCUGGAUCGCGCUUUCCGUUAUACGCACCUUAUACAAGCCAGCUGGCAACUAUUGGGUCAUUAUCAAUCGAAUUAUGCAGGCCUUAUUCUCCGCUGGUAUCAUAAUCCUUGCUGAGAAGGUUUUCCUUCAGUUUGUUGCCAUCAAUUUCCAUCAGAAGGCCCUGGCGGAUCGCCUGACGGAGAACAAGUUGGGUCUUCGCGCGUUGGAUAGGCUCUCCAAUGCCCAGCCUGUUUUUGGUCUCGGGAAUAAGCAUCCGAAGAGGCGGGUGCACAAGAGUCCUGGGACGAGUGUAGAUCUGAACAAUGCUGCGCCGCGGGGACACAAUCAGAACCCAAGCCAGUUGGGACAUGGCAAUGAGAUAGAUGCUCACAGGGAGAAGCUUAUAACCGCCACCCGGACUGCUCGGCGACGUCGCAAGCGCAAAUCUUUCAUGCCCAGCGUCAUUGUGGAUCAGGUCGGCGGCGCCAUUGAUCAAGUCGGUGACGCUAUCGGCCAAGUUGCGCUCAAAAACUCCAAAUUUAACCGUGAAGGUGAUCUGGGGGGACUCCACUCGGCACGAAAGCUCGCCCGCAAGCUCUUCCGCAGUCUCAAUGAUGUUGAUCCUGAUCGAGAUUAUUUAAUUGUUGAAGAUUUUUAUCCGUAUUUCCGGAGUACGCAAGAGGCUACUGUUGCGUUUGCACUCUUUGACAAGGACGGCAAUGGUGACAUUAGUAAACGGGAGAUGCGCGAAGCAGUUCAGCGCAUCUACCGCGAGCGCAAAUCGCUCAUUGCCUCCCUCAAGGAUGCUGGUUCAGCUGUAACCAAACUGGACGCAGUUUUACUAUGUUGCUCUCUUGUCGGUAUCAUAUUCUGCUGUCUCCUCAUAUUUAACAAAUCCAACACGCUCGAAUCGCUUGUCCCAUUAGCGACCGUUAUUCUCGGCUUCUCCUUCGUUUUUGGAAACGCAGCCGCGACGCUGUUUGCUUCCCUCAUCUUCAUCUUUUCCACACAUGUCUUUGACGUUGGUGAUCUAGUUAUGAUAGAUGACCAAGUGCUCAUGGUUCGUGAAUUCGGACUGUUCAGUACCACCUUUCGCCGAGUCGACGGGCAAGAGAUCAUCGCGCCCAACUCCCUUCUUGCGUCCUCCAAGCUGAUCCACAAUCUCCGACGAUCGAACAGUAUGUGGGAAACUACGAACAUCCAGAUAGCGUACAACACUCCUUUACCGGUGAUUGAAGAGAUUCGGACACGUAUCAAGUCAUACGUGUCAGAGAACAACCGUGAAUGGAGCGGCAUGGAUCUCAACAUUGACAAGAUGGAGUACCAGAAUUUGAUCCAGCUGAUUGUGGCCAUGGAGCACCGACCGAACUGGCAGGAUUGGGGCGGGCGGUGGGUGCGAAGGACGAAGUUCAUGCGGAACUUGAAAAUGAUUUUGGAGGACCUGGAUGAGUCAUGGAAAAAGAAGCAGAGGAAGGAAUUGGAGAGGAAGAAGGAGGAGGUUUGGCAGGCUGUGAAGAGGUGGAUGAAAGAGGCAGAGGAGGCAUUGAGAGAGGUGGCUCAGAGGGAAGCUGAGGAGAGAGAGGCCAUAGAGGCAGCAGCAAGAGUUGAGGCUGAGGAGGUAGAGUUGGAGCAGAUGGUUAUGGAGGAUGGGUUGCAAAUGACCUCUGCAGAGGCUGUUGAUUUCUGGCUGCAUCAAGUGUUGGCAGAAUGGUUUGGUUCUGGCCCUGGUCUUCACUUCAAGAAGGUGACUUGCCAUGCACCUCCAGAGUCUGAUGAUGAGCAGGACAAGGAGACUGAGGGGGAUGAUGAGUCUGAGGAAUCUGAGGGGACUCUGGAGAGGAGGAAGAGAGUGUAG